AUGGACGCUUUGGUUAUAUUUGAGGCGUGCCGUCAAGGAGUCUUGCACAGAACUAAACGUCGCAUUAAAGAAGAAGAGAAGAAACUUCUGUGUGCUGGGUCCGUAUACGUGUAUGAUGAAAUGGAAUCAGGAAUCAAAAGAUGGACCGAUGGAAAAUAUUGGUCUCCUAGCAGAAUCGUUGGUGACUUUCUUGUUUAUCAAGAACUCGAAAUAAGGCUUCCUCAUAUAAAAAGUUACGAGAAACUUGAUGAAAACCUCAAACGACGAAUCAAAGAUGAAAAUUUAAAAUAUAAUAUUUCAAACAAGGGUGCUUUUAUUCACCGUAAAGAUGGUUUGAGUAAAAAAACCAUCUCAGUAAAAUUGAAUGGGAGCUUCCAACAUAUGGUUAUUUAUGAAGAAAAAGAUGACACCAAUAACCAUCUUUACACGCCUCGUGCUUAUGUUGAACUGUUGAACAUUGAACCAGGGAUAGACUUGACUCACAAUGAAGCGUUACGCAAGCAAAACUACGUCACAUUAAAUGACGACUUCCCUGCUUUAAGGUUAAAAAAAGAAAAGCUCGUGGAACGUCAAAGAAAUUAUUCAAAUAUCACUCCCAUAAGACACGUCGCUCCGAUCCAAACUUUGCCGAGUAUCGCGGAAGCUCUUUGUUCUCCCGUGUCGACAAUGCAAAGAACUCAUGAUUUUGUAUUACCCGAGAUGAAUAUAGCAAGACUAAUCAAUCUAUUGUCAGGUUCGCAAGAAUAUAAUCCAAUGGAAAAGCAAGAGAAUUCAUCCGGGUCGAAUUCAUCCGGGUCGGUUCAAUCAACGAAUUGCGUUACCAAUGAUAUCAAUACUUGGCAAAACGACGACUAUCCAUUGCCGUCUCGCGCUUUUCCAACCCAUACCUACCGAACCACUGUUAUUCCUGAUACGAACAAAGAUUCAGAUCCGGAUUUCUCUGAUUUGAUGGAUUUCUCUCGUUCAUAG